CCUGGAUCUUCAUAUCUGCUCUCAAAUCAUGGCAACUCAGAUCGCGGUGAUAGCUAAUCUCGUUUUGUUCUCUUUCUACAUUUAUGUCAAUGCCGACACUCCAGCUAAUUGUACCUACGAAGAGAUAAGCGGAUCAUGGCUUUUUUCGAUCGGAGAGGGAGGCCAUGACAACACCAUCGACUGCUCCUCGUUCAAACCUGUCUCUGAGCUCCAAGUGACUUUGUUGUUUCCUGAUGUCGCAGUCGAUUCGGAAGGAAAUGUCGGCUUUUGGACAUUGAUCUACAAUCAAGGCUUUGAAGUGAAUAUAAACGGAGUGGCAUAUUUCGCAUUUUCAGCUUACGAGAAGAGUGGAGAAAAAGUGACCAGUUUUUGCGACAAAACCUCCAACGGAUGGAGUCAUCCCGCGAAGGGUUAUCACGCCGGAAAUUGGUCUUGUUACAGCGGGAAAAAAACUUUAGGGAAGGUUCCACCCAAAACGGAAUACCUCAAACCUCAGCAGCAAAAUGCUGUAAGUCAGAUGUUUAUCCCUAACCAGAAGUUUAUUGACCAAGUAAACAGUGCUCAAAAUUCUUGGAAAGCUGUGGUGUAUGAGGAAUACAGUAGGAUGACUGUAGCACAGUUAAUUGCUCGUGGUGGAUGGCCAAAGAAGCUGCAUUUCCCUAAACCAAGCCAAGUGAAAGAAGCAGAUCUAUUAAAAGCUAAGUUACUCCCAGAGGAGUUUGAUUGGAGGAAUGUUGAUGGGAAAAACUAUGUCAGUCCAAUCAGAAAUCAGGGUAAUUGUGGCAGCUGCUAUGCGUUUGGUACCAUGGCCAUGUUUGAGGCUCGUGUGCGUAUCAUGUCAAAUGGAAGUAGAACACCAGUGUUCUCUACUCAAGAUAUUGUAAGCUGUUCUGAAUAUUCACAAGGUUGUGAAGGGGGUUUCCCAUAUCUCAUUAGCAAGUAUGCUAAAGACUUUGGUUUGGUGGAUGAAGAGUGCUUCCCCUAUGAAGGCAAGGAAUUGCAAUGUAUGGAAAAGAAGUGCACAAGGCAGUUUGGGACUGGGUACCACUAUAUUGGUGGGUUUUAUGGAGCAUGUAAUGAGGAGCUGAUGAAGAUUGAAUUGGUGAAGAAUGGCCCUAUAGCUGUCUCUUUUGAGGUCUACGAUGACUUCAGGUUUUAUAAAGGAGGAAUAUACCAUCAUACUGGUCUGACGGACAAAUUCAACCCUUUUGAGAUAACCAAUCACGUGGUGGCAAUCGUUGGAUAUGGAGCUGAUAAAGAGACUGGUGAGAAGUUCUGGAUUGUGAAAAACAGCUGGGGAGAGAGCUGGGGCGAGAGUGGCUUCUUCCGUAUCCGACGAGGAACCGACGAGUGUUCGAUUGAAAGCAUCGCCGUCUCGGCUCAGCCGAUAAUGGAAUGAGUUGCACUUUUAAAGUGUGAUCAGUUGCAUGUUCUUAAACACAGUCAGUGAUCGCUUUUCUUUUUUUAUAAAUAAGCGAACGAACUUCCCUAACUUCCAAAUGAUAUUAUUUUUACAAGAAAUGUAAGGUACAAAAAGUUAACAUUUUUCAUGUACAAAUAAUGUGAUGUAAACUGCAGAGUAAAACUUAAAAAGUAUUUCUAAUGUGUAAUCGUCCUGAGGCAUUGAAAUCUCAAAGUUCUGUGAAUGAUACUUGAGGAAAUCAGACAUCACUUAGUAAGAAUAACGGUUCUGUAAUUUGAAAUAAAAUAUUUGAUGGCUGUUAAAGUUUCA